AUCAAAUGCAAAUGAUCAGGGAAAUGUAUGUGCUUUAGUUGAAGAAUGGAAGGCCGAAAUGGACAGUAAUGACAGUAUCUUUUUUCGACCGAUGUCUACUGAUAAUACGAUGUUGUUUGUUUAUCAAUCGACUUUUCAAAAACAUCUCAUACAGAGAUAUGGAAAUGGGAUGUGUCUCCUUGAUUCAACUUACAAAACAACGAAAUAUACUGUACCCCUGUUUUUUGUUUGCAUUCCAACAAAUAUUGGAUUUCAAGUAGUGGCUUCAUUUGUGGUUGGGAAGGAAACAACAUCUUUGAUAUGUGAAGCAUUGAAGAUGAUUUCAGAAUGGAAUCCUCAUUGGAAACCAGAAAACUUUAUCACAGACUUUGACCAAAGAGAAAUAUCUGCGUUGGAAAAGGUGUUUCCAGGCAUUGAUGUAAAACUUUGUGAAUUCCACACUGAACAGUCCUGGCAAAGGUGGCUUGGAUCAAAGAAAAAUGGUGUAAGUCAGUGGAAAGAAGAACUCUUGAAACUAAUCAGAUGCGUAGCCAGAAGUAAGAGUGAAGAGGCUUUUCAUGAAAAUGUAAAUACAAUUAAGUCGUCUGAAGCUUACAAAGCAUCUCAGUCUUUCAGAAAUUGGAUUGAAAAGCAAUGGCUCCAAGAAUCAAAGCGUUGGGUUCACUGUUAUCAAAGAAGUGGUACAAAUAGACCAGUAUACUCUACCAAUGGUGUUGAAAGACAGCACCGGCUGUUAAAGGAGAAUUAUCUAAAAAAACAUGGAUUUGGAGGAACGCUUACCUCACUCUUAACCAUUUUGAUAAGAAAGUUCUUUCCAGAUAUGCAAAAUAGAUAUGUACAGAGCAACAUUUCCGCAUUGGAAGCUAGUAGAAAAUACUCAGAGUAUGUGCCAGAGUUUUUGAAAGGGCGACCUAGAAACUUUGUUGCCCACUGCUUGGACAGGAUGCCGCCAAAAGUGGAAGACAUUGAAAAGAGCACCUUGGUUUUUACAGAUGGAGAAUCAUGCAGGGUAUCAAGUCAAUCAGGCAAAGUGUACAUUGUAACAUUUACAUCUAGGGUACCCAAGUGCUCUUGCCCAGACUUUGAGAAGCAUCUUUGGCCAUGCAAACAUAUUCUUGCUAUUUUCAAACAUUUUCCAGCAUAUAGUUGGGAGACACUUGAUAUUGCAUAUACCAGCCUGCCAUAUUUCAAUAUAGAUAAUGAAAUAAUAAACAACCUAGAAAAGGACAAGGAAGCAUCAGUUGACUCUGAAUUUGUAAAUACACCAUUGCCAAUACAAAUUGAUAAGUCUAGUAAAGGUGGAAAUAAUGUCAAUGAUGAAAGAAAACAGUGCGUUGAACUGUUGAAGAACAUUCAAAACAGCAUAUAUGCUGUUAGCAGUAGAGAUGUUAUGCAUCAUGUUAAAGUUAAAUUACAGGAAUUAGAUAGAUUCAUGGAUGACAACUGUGUCAAAAUUAGUGGACUUCCUACACGUCUAAAACAUAUCAAAAAGAAGAAAAAAGCCACUUCAAAGAAAGUAAGAACUAAUGAAACUGACUGUAAAAUAAUACCACUUGAUAGUAACCUCAUUAUAGAUGGGCCACAGGUAGCAGAAGAACAUGAUGAAGAUCACUUUCUACUUCAGAGUGAACAUUUUCCAUAUCUCGAAGCUGUGGAGAAGAUAUGUAUGUCAUCAUCUGAAUACCAAGUCGGGAAGAUAGGUCCAUACAUUCUUACUUGUCAGUCAAUUCGAAAUUUACAAACAACAUUAUCUGAUGAGGUUAUUGAUUCCUACUUACAUUUACUGAUCCAACAAUGCAGUGACAACAACUUGCAUAUUAGUUGUGUGGUAAUGACAUCCAUUUUCACAGGACAAGAGGAGGUGCACUCUUUACUGAAGAGGGAGAAGAUUUUGGAAUAUGAUCACAUAAUUGGAGCUGUAAAUGAAGGAAGCAAUCAUUGGACAUUAAUA